GAGUGUUCUUCAGCAGUACUCACAAGUAGUGGUACAUCUUCAGUUAUGUCAUCAGAUACUUCCAAUGUUGAAAGUGAAUCUGAUUCCGAUGAAUCCAUGACUGAUAAUGAGAGUAACAACCAUAUAAAAGGCGGUACACUUAGUGCAGAAGAACUAAAGCUUGUUUAUAGAAUGGUUGUUCAAAAUAUAGAGGAGUGUGCUACUCGAUUUCCAGAACACUAUAAAUCUAUUUAUCGCCUAGUAUACCACUAUAUGAAUUCACCGAUGGAAUAUUGCGAUCUUACUCAAAGUGAAAAACUAUUACUUGGCCAAUAUAAGACUAGUUUGGGAAAUCUUGUAAAUGGAUUGUUCUACGACAGAAAAAAUAAUAAUUUAUUUAAUGGAAUAUGGCGUAUACCAUCAUCCGAAAUAGAUCGUCCCGGCAGCUUUUCAGCACAUCUGGUUAAAUGUGUUAAAAUUUUUAUUCAGUUGUUAUAUAAAACUAAUAAUCAUGGUGUAUUAAUUGACAUUGCUAUGAACUUAUAUAAAACUCCAGAUUUGGACAAGAGGUACAUUACGGAUGCUGAGCGAAAAGAAUUAUGUCAUCAAAGUAUAAAUUAUUCCAUAAAAAUUUUAAGAUGUAUCCUUCAAAGAAAUGCUGAAAAGCGCGAUGACUCUGAAAUUUUAAAUCUUCUAAUAGACGUUUAUAAAAUUCAUAAAAAGUGUGUUAAAUACAUGAACCAAAAAGAGCCAAUGUUUGCAGAACUCCUUAUAGACGUUUACAAAUGUUUUAUAAAAGAUAAAGUUGAAUAUGUUCCGGAUAGUUGUAAUUUUCUGGACUUAGCAAUUAAACUUUGCGUACAGGAGAUAACAGCACAAAAAAAUAGUGAGAAAUCUUUAUACACUGAAAAUACUUCCAGUACAUCGGAUUAUAUUGUGUCACUGUCAUCAACAACACAAUCAUUUUCCAAUUCUAUGAUUUCGCGAGUUAUAAACAUACCAGGGCUCAACACCCGAUCAAAAUUUCGGGCAAAUACAUCAAAGACUUCAGCUGCAUCAACAUUUAAUUUAGCAACACAAAAUACUUUAAAUGUACCAACAAGAGAUUUCAUAAAAAACCCGCAAUUUAUGUCCAUGCUUGCAGUAUUUGGAAAUGGAAAUCAGUUAACUGAAAGAGAUACGCCAGAAUUUCAAAAAUUAUUUGAUGAUUUUUAUUCUAAAAUACUUCAUAAUGAGAUAAACGUAUGUUCACCGGAGCAAUUAAUUUCACAGAAGUCUGUAAAUAAUUUGGAAAACCCUACUAUUCUUCCAAAUACUUCAAAUAAUAGCUUAAUAUUACCACAAAAUCAGACGACUACACCGAAUGCGGCAUUAACAGAAAAUUUGAUGUUUUUACCAACAACUAACGUUAGCGAAAACAAUCGUACAGUAUCCAAUGACGUUUUAUUGCAACAUCAAUUAAGCUCAAAUAUUUCUAAGCAACAUCAGAAACCUAAAGGCUCACAAAAAAAUAAAACAAUUUUCAAACCUUACAAUCGUCCAGUUCCAUGUGAGAGUGCACAAAAUACUUCAAACUACAAAAUUGAUGUAUUUAAUAAUCAUGCAAAUGUUUUAGCUGCAUAUUCUAAUUUACUCCAGAAUACUACAUUGACUCAAACCGUUAUUAGCAACAGAAACAUCGAGGCAACUCCAAAAAAAUCUAAAGUGAAUUCACCGGAAACGUCUACUAGCUCCAUGUCUAACAUUCCUAUGGAAGCUGGACAUGUAAUGCCAUACAUCCCCUCUUCGACUUAUAUACCGACAAUGCAAUUUCAUCAACAACAAAUUGGUAAUUCUAAUAAUGUUAUUAGCCCAACAAAAACUUUGCAGGAAAAAUUAGCCGAAAGGCAAAAAGCAUGUCAGUUAAAUGAAACUAACUUAACAUCGACUGUUGUGAGCGCAAAAGAUAAGUUGUGUGAUGAUGUCAUUGUGUUAGACUAAUAUAAACAUUUUCUAUGUAUGUACGUGCACUUAUGUAUUGAAUUAAAAAUUACAAUAAAAAUGAUAUAAAGCAA